CUGUGAGAGACUGUGAGUCUGCCUGUCUCUGUGUCUCUGUCUUGUGGUACAUUCACACAGCUCCUUUUUCUCCUCCUCCUCCCUCUUCCUCCUCAAACCAACCUCUCGUCGUUGUUGAUUUUUUGUCCCCUUACCAAACCGCAUCACUAUCGCCAGCAAUCACUGGUUUGCCUUCAAGGGUUGUCAGUCUCGCUCUCUCUCUCUCUCUCUCUCUCUCGCUUUUUUUUUUUUUUUUUUUUUUUUUUUUAAAUCUCUCCCUCUCUAUCACUCUCUCUUUCUCUUCCUCUCGCCCUCUCGCCCUCCGUAGCCUCGAGGACUGGAGUGAGCGUGCAAGAUUGUUUUCUUCUGCUAAUGAACUGUGAUUCUGUUCAUACUCUUGAAUGUUCAUACUAUACCAUAGUAGGGUGCUCCUUCGCGCAUGUUUGAGGUUUUUGCGGAGUCGGUUUCUGUCUGUUUCUGUCUUGCGUCAUCAAUGAGCCUGGCUCGCUGCUAUCAGCCACUAGCUGAUGAAUGUCAGAUUAUUGCUUGAUUAGGUAUACGAGUCCCUUCCUCUCGGCCUUUAUUGUUUGUUUGUUUGUUUGUUUUUUUCCCCCUCUCUUUCCCUCACCGGUUCUACGAAUGGGGUGGUGCGAUGAGCCAUGAAGAUGAUCGGAUGUGGUAUCGCUCGGUUUUAGGUGGGAGGACAGGUGCGCUGGGGGACGAUAGCUGCGGUAGAGAUGGAGGGCAGUGAGGGGGAGAUGGAGUGGCAGGUUUUGUAGCGAAUUCAGGAAGAUCGAUCGAGGUUUGGAUUAUGGAAGUAGAUGUAGGAGGGAUGGUGGAAAACGGGGGGACUGGGCAAGAGCAGCACCAACAUCAUCAACAUUAUCAGCAUCAGCUGGCUGGGCCACGGCCUGCGCCCGCGUUCAAGGCCAUAACCGCAAUAUGCGAGAGGAAGGACGAUGGACCAGGUCCACGCUGCGGGCACACAUUGACAGCAGUGGCAGCUGUGGGGGAGGAGGGUUCGCCGGCCUACAUCGGUCCCAGGCUGAUUUUGUUCGGCGGUGCCACUGCGCUGGAGGGCAAUUCGAGUCAAGCUGGUCCUCAGACGGCUGUAGCCGGUGCCGGCAUUCGUUUAGCAGGCGCUACUGCAGACGUGCAUUGUUAUGACGCACAUACCAACAAAUGGUCCAGGCUCAUUCCAGUUGGUGAUCCUCCUUCCCCUCGAGCAGCACAUGCAGCAACUGCUGUUGGUACCAUGGUAGUGAUUCAGGGUGGUAUAGGUCCAGCAGGGCUCUCAACCGAAGACUUACAUGUUCUGGAUCUUACUCAAGCUAAACCCAGAUGGCACAGGGUGGUCGUACAGGGUACGGGUCCUGGUCCACGAUAUGGACAUGUUAUGUCCUUGGUGGGGCAACGCUUUCUUCUCUGCAUUGGUGGAAAUGAUGGUAAGCGCCCACUUGCAGAUGUAUGGGCUCUUGAUACUGCAGCCAAACCCUAUGAAUGGAGGAAACUAGAGCCAGAAGGAGAUGGACCUCCACCAUGCAUGUAUGCUACUGCUUGUGCACGAUCAGACGGCCUGUUGCUUCUUUGUGGCGGAAGAGAUGCCAAUAGCGCGCCAAUUGAUAGUGCUUAUGGGCUUGCUAAACAUCGGGAUGGAAGAUGGGAGUGGGCAGUUGCACCCGGUAUAUCUCCCUCUCCACGGUAUCAGCAUGCAGCUGUGUUUGUGAAUGCAAGGCUUCAUGUUUCAGGAGGUGCUCUUGGUGGCGGACGGAUGGUGGAGGAUGCAUCUAGUGUGGCAGUUUUGGAUACAGCAGCUGGAGUGUGGUGUGAUAGGAAAGGGGUAGUGAAUAGCCCACGAAUAGGGAGGUACAGCAAUGAUGCAGCUGGUGGAGAGGCAGCGAACGAAUUGACAAGACGCUGCCGGCAUGCCGCUGCAGCUGUAGGUGAUCACAUUUUUAUAUACGGUGGACUCAGGGGAGGAGAUAUUUUGGAUGAUCUUCUCGUAGCAGGCGACCCGUCAGCUGUCGAAACUACACCAGCAGCUUCACAAAUAGCAGCAGUUUCAGCAACCUCAACAGUGUCACCUGCUCGCUCAAACAAACAACAGGAGAUGCGCAAGCCAUCACAAACUGAAUUGUCAUCUGCUGAUAGGGCUUCAGUUGCAAUGGGGAGUCCGGUAGCAGCUCCAGUCAAUGGCGACACGUCAAUGGAUAUUAGCACCGAAAAUGCUGUGUCACAUGGACACCGUACUGAAAGGCGAGGAGUAGAGUCUCUUGUGGAAGCUUCGGCAGCUGAAGCUGAAGCAAUAAGUGCUGCUCUAGCUGCUUCUGCAGCAGCAAAAGCAAUGCGAGAACAGAAUGGAGAGAGUGACAAACAGGCUCUUGAGAGAGAUCAUGGGGCAGAAACCCCUCUGAGUGGGAAGCCACUUCCGACAUCUUCUGCAGCACUUAUGGCUCUUAACCGAGCUUCAAUGACGAACGCAGCAACCCAUACGCCCCCAACCGGGGUGAGACUGCACCAUAGAGCAGUUGUUGUGGCAGCAGAAUCUGGUGGUGCAUUGGGUGGGUUGGUGAGGCAGCUCUCCAUUGACCAGUUUGAGAAUGAGGGUCGUCGUGUUAGCUGUGGAACACCGGAGAGUGCUUCUCACGCAAGAAGGCUUUUGGAUCGUCAGACAUCUGUUCAUGGUGUCCAGAAGAAGGUGCUUUCAUACUUGCUCAAGCCACGAGGUUGGAAGCCGCCAGUGAAAAGACAAUUUUUUAUGGAUUGUAAUGAAAUAGCUGAGCUUUGCAACACAGCAGAGCGAUUAUUUGCUCAAGAGCCAAGUGUUUUACAAAUAAGAGCUCCUGUUAAGAUAUUUGGUGACCUUCAUGGACAAUUUGGUGACCUCAUGCGCUUAUUUGACGAGUAUGGGUCUCCAUCAACUGCAGGAGAUAUCACGUAUAUUGACUAUCUUUUUCUGGGAGAUUAUGUGGAUAGAGGGCAACACAGCUUAGAGACGAUCGCGUUGCUACUUGCGUUAAAGAUCGAGUACCCGACAAACGUACACCUUAUCAGGGGCAACCAUGAGGCCUCCGACAUUAACGCUUUGUUUGGUUUUCGUAUCGAGUGUAUUGAGCGAAUGGGGGAGCGUGAUGGCCUCUGGGCAUGGCAACGAAUCAAUCAGCUCUUCAAUUGGUUGCCACUUGCAGCUUUGAUUGAGAAGAAGAUUAUUUGUAUGCAUGGUGGCAUUGGAAGGUCUAUCAACCAUGUCCACCAAAUUGAAGCUUUGCAGCGUCCCAUCACAAUGGACGCUGGCUCUGUUGUGCUGAUGGAUCUUCUGUGGUCUGAUCCCACAGAAAAUGACAGUGUUGAGGGUUUACGUCCAAAUGCUCGAGGGCCUGGAUUAGUUACUUACGGGCCCGAUCGAGUUAUGGAGUUUUGCAAAAAUAACGAUCUUCAGCUCAUUGUUAGAGCACAUGAAUGUGUGAUGGAUGGUUUUGAGCGGUUUGCUCAAGGUCACUUGAUCACUCUGUUUUCUGCCACAAAUUAUUGUGGAACGGCAAACAAUGCUGGAGCAAUUUUGGUCCUUGGUAGGGAUUUAGUGGUGGUUCCCAAACUUAUCCAUCCACUACCCCCUGCUAUCACUUCACCGGAGUCGUCGCCUGAACGCCAUCUUGAGGAUACUUGGAUGCAGGAUCUGAACGUUGCAAGACCUCCUACACCAACUAGAGGACGACCACAGCCCACAAGCGACCGGAACUCCUUGGCGUGGAUUUGAUAGUCACUACGGUGUCCUGUAACAUGGCUUGCGCAUUGCUGUGCCACUCGGUCAAUCGCAUAUAUUGUUCUAUUAGGUGUUGUAAAGUAUGGUUUUUAAUCCUCCUGACGAGCCCACGUCUGCCAGUUUUUUUAAGGCACUCUUUUGUGAGGCUAGUCAAGGUGCUGUAAGUAUUGUGGACCUUCAGUGGGAGGGGCUGCUUGUGGAUACGAGUCCAAUUGAGCGUUGGAAUAAUGAUUGAUAGGAGACUUCACUCCCACAAAAAUUAUACUGACAUGAGGCCCAUGUCCUGUUGGCAGCUCUGAAGUGUCCUAUGUGCCCUCAUUUCACCCUCCGCUCCAAUCCAUCAGUUUCAUAUUCGAAGGUUUUCGUGAA